AUGGAAACUGGGGGCGAUGCCAGAUCGGCACCUCGGCGGGGAGGCAGAGGAGGAGGAGGUGGCGGCCGUGGCGGGUUUCCAGCGACUGCCGAGCCCAGCGCUCCCCCAGCUGCGGAGACGAGCAUGAAUAUUGAUGGACCCGCCGGUGGCGGGAGGAGCGGGGCGGCCGCUGCUGCAAUGCCGGGAGCCCCGGCCCCGCCGCUCCGCGCCCCCAGCUCUAGGGACCCUAAAAUGGUCCAUCAGCGAUUCUUGCGGAGGAGCGUGGUGGACUCGGACCAGGAGGAACCUGCUUUCGACCUUCCCGAGUCGGAGCACCAGAGGAAAAUUAUCUUGCUCCCUAAAACCAGGAGGAUAAUUGCGGAGAGGGCGAAGGCGGGGCAGGGGGCCGCGGAGAAGGUGUGCCUGGGGGCCGAGCCCCCGGGGGAGCCGCAGGCAGCGCCGGCCCCGAGCGGCGGCCCAGGCCCGGAGGAGCAGAAGGAAGCCGGCAAGGAUGCUGAGAGGAAGGAGCCUGCGGAUGCUUCCAAAGACCAGAGCAAGGCUAAGAAGGAGGAGCCUGAGGAGGAGGCUGAUAUGAAAGCCGUUGCCACCUCGCUGGAUGGCAGGUUCCUAAAGUUUGAUAUCGAACUCGGGAGGGGAUCCUUCAAAACGGUCUAUAAGGGUCUGGACACGGAGACGUGGGUGGAAGUUGCGUGGUGCGAGCUUCAGGACAGAAAACUCACAAAAGUAGAGAGGCAGAGAUUUAAAGAGGAAGCAGAAAUGUUGAAAGGUCUACAGCAUCCAAACAUUGUGAGAUUUUAUGACUUCUGGGAAUCCUGUGUGAAAGGCAAAAGAUGCAUCGUGCUGGUUACUGAAUUGAUGACCUCUGGAACACUAAAGACGUAUCUGAAGCGAUUUAAAGUGAUGAAACCAAAAGUCCUGCGUAGUUGGUGCCGGCAAAUCCUGAAGGGUCUUCUUUUCUUGCACACAAGAACUCCACCAAUAAUUCACAGAGACUUAAAAUGUGACAAUAUUUUUAUUACUGGACCAACUGGAUCUGUGAAAAUAGGAGACUUGGGUCUGGCAACCCUCAAGAGAGCUUCGUUUGCCAAAAGCGUAAUAGGUACGCCGGAAUUCAUGGCCCCGGAAAUGUAUGAGGAACACUACGAUGAAUCUGUGGAUGUCUAUGCUUUUGGAAUGUGCAUGUUGGAAAUGGCUACCUCAGAAUAUCCUUACUCAGAAUGCCAGAAUGCUGCUCAAAUUUACCGGAAAGUAACCUGUGGUAUAAAGCCAGCAAGCUUUGAGAAAGUUACUGAUCCUGAAAUUAAGGAGAUAAUUGGAGAGUGCAUUUGCAAAAAUAAAGAAGAAAGAUAUGAAAUUAAAGAUUUAUUAAGCCAUGCCUUUUUUGCUGAAGAUACUGGGGUAAGAGUGGAACUUGCAGAAGAAGACCAUGGUAGGAAAUCCUCUAUUGCCUUAAGACUCUGGGUAGAAGAUCCUAAGAAACUGAAAGGAAAACCCAAAGAUAAUGGAGCCAUUGAGUUUACUUUUGAUCUGGAGAAAGAAACUCCUGAUGAUGUUGCACAAGAAAUGAUUGACUCUGGAUUUUUCCAUGAAAACGAUCUCAAGAUAGUGGCGAAGUCGAUACGUGACAGAGUAGCGUUAAUACUGUGGAGAAGAGAGAGAAUUUGGCCCAGGAUACAGUCAGAGGAGCGGCGGGACUCGGAGUGCCUGGAGAAGCUGAAGACGCCACACGCGCAGCAGGUCCAGGUCACGUACCUUUCCCACACCGGGCACCACGUGCUGUCGGAGCCUGAGGAGCCUGAGGCAGACCAGCAUCCCUUCCAGCACAACCUGCCCACCAGCGUCACCUCCGUUGCAUCUGACAGCACGUUUGACAGCGGCCAGGGGUCCACUGUGUAUUCAGACUCCCAAAGCAGCCAGCAAAGCGUCAUCUACUCGUCGCUGCCAGACCCCGUCCCCCCCGCCAUCCAACGCGUGUACAGCCCACCUCUGAGCGAGAGCCAGGCUGUGCCCCACAACCUGCAGCAGCUGGGGCACUACCAGCAGCCCUCAGGACCCGGCCUCCCCGUGGCUCCAGCGCCAGCGGCCGUGCCCCCGCGGCCCCAGCACUUCCAGGAGCCGGCCGUGCCCUUUGCUGGGGUCCAGCCCACCACUGUCGCCUCCUUGCAGCUGGGGCAGCCCCAGCCUGUGCUGGCUGGCCAGCAGCAGCAGUCCAUAUCACAGCAAGCUUCUCUGCAGCAGGUGCUUGCCAGCCAACCUGUUUGCCCAAUCCAGCCUGCAGCCCAUCUGUUACCCCAGUACCAGCCCCAGACCUCUCAGGUGGCAGCCAGCAGCACACCACUGAAACCCCUGCAGAUUUCAACUGUGCCACAGCUUCCACCAGUGGCCCAAUCCCAGAUUCCUCAGUUUCCUGUCAUUCCUGCAAUUACUCCUCUGGCAGGACUCGACAGCCUUCCUCCAAACCUCUCCGACAUGCCUGCCGCAAACGUGCCCCCCAUCCCCGCUCCUUCGCAGUAUUUCGCGCCAGCCGUGAUCUUGCCCAGCCUCCCCAUGAACCCCACGCUGCCUCUGGCACCCAACUCCCCUGCCCUCCCCAUGCAGGCCGUCAACCUUCCUCAUACCACCGUGGCUUCUCUGGUCUUGCCCUGCCAAACAAUAGUGCCAAACAUGUCGGCUGCCACGAUCCCGCUGCUGGCCGUGGCACCUCCGGGCGUUCCGGCGCUGCCACCGCACCGUGGGCUGCCGCCGCUGCCCCCGCAGCAGAUGUACCCGGCCACCUUCCAGCCCAUGGUUGCCAGCGAUGCGGCCUCUCCCCACCACGCGCCCAGCACGCCUGCGGUGGCCCCGCCGCAGCCGCCGCCAUCCCUGCAGCCCGGCCUCAUCCACCCGUCGGAGCAGCCGCCAGCCGCGCCUGGGCCUGCGCACCAGCAGAUGACUGGACACACUCAGUAUGCUUUGGAAGCUGGAGCCCAGGUGCCCGUGCUGCCUGUGCAACCUUCGAUAGUCAUGUCACCGCCUUUGCAGCUGCAGCCCGAGCUGUUGCCUCCCCGCGUCGCUCCGGAAGGCGUUCCGCAGCUGCACGGCAGCCUCGCUGCAGCGAGCCCGCCUGUCCCCAUAGAUCACUGUCUGCCUCUCCAGCCUCCCGCUCUGCUGCAGCCCCAGCCUGAUCUUUCCCAGCCGCUGGGUCAGCAGCUCCCAGCCCCCAGCUCGGCUCUCCAGGCGGUCACAGAGACAUCUCAAGAGGAGCAGGCAAUACAGGACAAACUCCAAACUCUGUCCCAGAGCUGUGAAAGCUACAUGAGCCCAGAUGUUGCUUCGGGUAAAGAGAUGAGUGACAGCUUUGAGGGAGCCAUGGGAAGCGGAAAACAAGAAGCAAAGUCCUCGAAGAAGCAUAAGAAAUCUACACGUGCUCGUUCACGCCAGGAGAAGUCCAGCAGACCCAAACUGACCAUAUUAAAUGUUUGUAACACUGGAGAUAAGAUGGUGGAGUGCCAGCUUGAAACACACAACCACAAAAUGGUGACUUUUAAAUUUGAUUUGGAUGGUGAUGCACCAGAGGAGAUUGCUACUUACAUGGUAGAGAAUGAAUUCAUAUUGCAGAGUGAAAAAGAGACAUUUAUUGAACAAAUGAAAGAUAUUAUUGAUAAAGCAGAAGAUAUGCUCAGUGAAGAUACAGAAGGAGAACGAAGUUCUGAUCAGGGAACGAGUCCCCAACAAGACACUGAUAGAUUGGAAAUCAACGAGGAGAAGCGUCAGUCUCAGAUGAGGACACCUGUGUAUCAGCAAAAUGUUUUGCAUACUGGGAAAAGGUGGUUUAUUAUAUGUCCUGUUGUGGAAAACUCUGCUCCUGAUGCACCCGAAUUUUCUCCACCGGUACCUCAGAGCACACAGCAGGCUGAAGGCCCAGACCUGGAGCCGUCGGAUGAGUUGCCAGUGAGCUCUGCAGUGCCAGACCCGCCUGCUGCCUUAGCAGGUCAGCAGCUUCCCCUGCAAGCGGGCCUGUGCGACAGCCCCGUCGGAGCCGCUCCAGCUUUGGCACCAGUUCCCACCGCCACAUCUUCUGCUGCCUUGCCAAGCCAGGAGGAGUUUCCAGCGCCGGCACCACCGGGACCCGCUCCAAGCGUCCCAGAGCAGGCGGCCACUCACAGCAGCCAGCUAGAGUAUCCUGUGCUGCAGGCGGCGGUGGGCAUCCAGCCGGGCAGCCCUGCCCACCGUGCCGCUGUGCUGGAGGAGCCCGCCGAUGCUCUCCGCGCUCCUCCGCGCCCGCAGCUGCCGCCUGACGAGGCCACGUGCAUCCCCGACGUGGAGCUGGCAUGCUGCAGCGUGGGGCCGCCCAGGCCGGUGCCAGCGGCAGCCGCACCCACGGCAGAGCUCUGCCCACUGCCCGUGCUCCCCGAGGCCGCAGUGCUGGAGCGGCAGCCCGCGGCACAGGGCCCACACUUGCCUGAGGCCAGCCAGCCCAGCGCCUUUGCGAGCCAGGCGUUCCCCACAGCCCCCGUGCCGGAGCCUCUUGCUCGGGCAGGGUCUCAGCUUCAGAGCCCUACCCAGGUGGGGGUGGCCACAGCCCAGCAGCACGCGAUGGUGGCCCCAGUGCAGCCCGUGGCCAGUGCCAGCGUGGGGAUCGGCCUGCUGCAGGGGCAGCAGCCCAGCACAGCCGAGUCUGAUGGAGAGGGGCCGCCCAGGGUGGACUUCGUUGACAACACGAUAAAAAGCCUCGAUGAGAAACUGCGCAAUUUGCUUUACCAGGAAUAUGUUCCUACUUCUUCUGCGUCAGCUGGGACCCCAGACACCUCUGUCCCGCUGGAGCAGGGCGAUGGUGAAUUCCACUUGCCACCUUUUUCCGAAGAUCAGGUGCCCACGUUGGCAUUGGAUUUGAAAGAAGUGAGCCAUCACAUCGCAGACACCAGCCAGGAGGUGAAAGCUGCUGCCGAGGCACAGGCGGUGCCACUUGUACCCCCCGAGAUCUCACCCUACCCAGCACCGGUCAGUCUGCCGGAGGCCAGCGGCAUCGGUGCUCGUUCCUCAGAGGCAAGAGGUGGGUCAGCAAGCAGAAAAGGUUCAGCUGCAAGCAUCACUUCAGCUCCUGCUGCUGCACCCAAAGGCCUCCUCCAGGUUGCACCUACAUCAUCAGGCAUAACUAAACAGAUGGAAACUUCUAAAAGGAGCGAGAAGGCAAAGACUAUGUCUUCGUCUGCACACACAGACCAUGUAACACAGCUCUCUGCAGCAGAUGGGGUGAUAAAUAACAUUCGAAGGGAUGACUCUCCAGACUCUGGUUCCUGUGGGAAACAGGCUGAAGCUCACGAUAGCGGUACACCAGCCAAAACCAUUGGCAGGUUUUCAGUCAUCAGCACGCAGGAUGAGUUAACUUUAGCAGCACCACACUGCUUGAGGUUCUCAGCUCCCCCAGACGUCUAUUUGGACGAGCUGCCUUCCAGCCCUGAUCUGAAGGCAGCCGUCAGGCGGGUGCAAACGGCCUCUUCCGUCGAUGUCCUCUGUGACCAGGGCUCGAGCGACUCUGCGGAUGAGCCUUGCCAUCGUCAGGCAGCCGCUGCUGCCCAGCUCUCACCCCCAAGCAGUAGUGCAGCCACUGACUUGAUUAAAAAAGCAGCUGCUUUUCUGCAAAGAUCAGGCAAAGGGAGCUUGCCGGGCCGCGACUCGCCCAACGGGCAGGGAACAAAGAUUCCCACCAUCAACAUCACAUCUUUCCACUCGCAGUCGUCGUACAUGAGCAGCGACAACGACUCGGAAUUUGAGGAUGCAGAUAUGAAGAAAGAACUGCAGAACCUGAGAGAAAAGCAUAUGAAAGAAAUUGCUGAACUUCAGACCCAGCAGAAGAAUGAGAUAGAGGCACUGUACAUUCGGUUAGGGAAACCCCUUCCUCCCAACCUGGGGUUCCUUCACUCAGCCCCACCAAGCGGCCGGCGCCGAAGAACCAGCAAAAAUAAGUUGAAAGGUGGAAAACUGUUAAACCCUCUGGUCCAGCAGCUCAGGAGUGGGACAUCAAGCACAAGUAAUCUUUCAGACUCUAAAGACUCACCCCACAAAGAAGCAACUAAACCGCAGCCUGGAUCCCCCGAAGCAGCAGCAGCAGCAGCAACCCCCUCAGCACCAGCCACCUUUGGGAAGGCUGUUCAAACGCAGCAGCCGUGCUCUGUCAAAGCCUCUCUGUCCUCUGACAUCUGCUCCGGCUUAGGUCCCGAAGGAGGUGACGUGAACGCGAGCUCUGGCCAAGGCUGGACGGUUUUCCACCAAACGUCUGAGAGAGUGACCUAUAAAUCUAGUAGCAAACCUCGUACCAGAUUCCUCAGUGGACCUGUGUCUUUGUCCAUCUGGUCCACCUUGAAACGACUAUGUCUAGGCAAAGAUCACAGUAGUAGAUCCUCGACAAACAGUCUCGUAACAUGCCCUGAGCCCGUCCCGCAAUCAACCCUGCAGGUUCAGGCCAACAACAGCAACAACAAGAAAGGGACCUUCACAGAUGACCUUCACAAGCUGGUUGACCAGUGGACAAGCAAAACUGUUGGAGCUGCACAGACAAAACCUUCCUUAAACCAACUGAAGCAGAACCAAAAAAGGCAAGACAUGGAGCCAAAGGCUAAUCCCAUGCAAACACAGAGUGAGACGUGUGGAGUUAAUUCAGUAAGAACGGGACUGGGGAGAAAGUGUGUUGUUCCGGCGUCUUGCCCCGUGCCCGCAGCGUUAGCCCCCGGAGCCUCGCCAUCCCUGCCGCUGCCGGGGCCUGCCCGCGCCGCCGCGGCCGCUCCCACCCUGAUGCCUCUGUGCCAACUCGGAGGAGCUUUGCCGGCGCCCACGUUCGGGGGCCACUGGGCGGCCGGUGGCCCGUGCGCGGUGCGGCUCUCGCCGCUCGGCGCCGUGCGGUUCUCGCCGCGCUGGCGGCUGCACGCGCUGCCACAUCCCUCGGCCCCGCCGCUGGGCCCACGCCUGCGCCUCACGUAG